AUGUCAUUCCUCUCCACCAAAGCGCAACUCGUACACAAGUCUCCCCUCCCACCGAAGAUCACCCGGGAGCAGGCGAUAGAACUCUUACAAGACCACGAGUUCCUUCUCUCGUGCGACCCUCAUCUCGCCAAAUGCGAACCUCUCACCCCCAGUGCGCCGCCAGCCGUUCCAAGCGCUGUGCAGCCGCGAAUGCUAGGCGAGACAAAGUCCUACAAGGUCACCGAUGUUAUACACACGCUGCCCGCUGGGUUGUGGGACAGCAACGUUGUCAGCACGUAUGAGUUUGCGAAGCUGGAUACUGGCCUCUUUGUCCGAAUCAGAAGCCCGCUCUCAAUGGUCAUGGAGACCGUGUGGGAGAUCAAUGAGGGGCCAGAUGGGAGGUUGGAGAUUGUGGAAAAUGUAGAGAUCAGCUGUUCGAGGUUGUUGAUUGGAAUUGCCAAAGGUCAAUGUGAAAGUGCUUGGGAAGGAAUUCAUGGGAAGAUGGUGAAGAGAUUGGAAGGUUCAGGCGAGGCACCGUAGAUCCAGCUCUUGGAUCUCUGUUGGAAUAGCCAGCGAGAAAGAUCUGAGCCUAUUAUCAAUCUGAGACAUGCCCG